UUAUUUUUCACUUUUCUAAGCACUACCAACCAAAUAUAUUGAUAUCCCCUAGGAACCGAAUAUAUUCACAAUUUACAAACAAUAAAGCAAGCUAAGCAACUGUUAAGAGGAGAUACUCACAGAGACUACAGAGUCGAUCACUCUCCCACUCUCGGUCUCAGUCUCUCAGAUCUGGACAGCCACAGCCAGGACUGCCGGACUGUUUAUUUGUCGCUAAUUGGUGUUUGUUGGGUCGGAGAAAGCCGGGGGUGGCACCGUGGCAGUGAAAAUGCCGAUGGUGCGGCUGAGCAAGUCAAGUUCAAUGGGAGUGCUGCACAGUCCACGACUAUUAGCCUAUUACAGUGCAAGAGCAGAGGUUUUGUAUUUGAUUUUGGAGGGAAUAAUAAUCCCCACACUUCAACGGAAUUGGAUAUCUCCAAGCUAGUGAUUAGUUUCGACGGUCGGCAAGUCUGAAAACGAAACGCUCUUGAGCCGCAGGAGUGCAGGACAGGUUGGAGUCGGGAAGAGGGGUUAGGGAUUUAGGGUCAUGUUAUUAGGCAAAGCCAUUUAUGAAAAGAAGUAAAUGGUGGCGGAUUCAGUUGGUGGCGGAUCCACUUCUCUUGGAAGGCAAAGUACGAGCGCAAAGUAGAAGAACAGGAAAAGGAAUAGAAUCAUUUUAGAAAUGGCAGCUGAAGCUCCAACAAUUCCUCUGCUUACUCCUUACAAACUGGGGAAGUACAACCUGUCUCAUAGAGUAGUUUUGGCACCAAUGACCAGAUUGGGAUCUUAUGGCAACGUUCCUCAACCUCAUGCUAUUUUAUAUUAUUCUCAGAGAACCUCUAAAGGCGGUUUUCUAAUUGCUGAAGUGACUGGAGUUUCUGACACUGCUCAGGAGUAUCCUAAUACACCUGGUAUAUGGACAAAAGAGCAAGUUGAAGCAUGGAAACCCAUCGUAGAUGCUGUUCAUGCCAAAGGUGGAAUCUUCUUUUGUCAGAUUUGGCAUGUGGGGAGGGUUUCAAAUCAAGAUUUUCAGCCAAAUAGGCAAGCUCCAAUUUCUUCUACAGACAAGCCUAUGACCCCAAUCGAUGGCUCACAGCCGACUCCUCCGCGGCGGCUAAGGACAGAUGAAAUUCCUCAAAUUGUUAAUGAUUUUCGAGUUGCCGCAAGGAAUGCUAUUGAAGCUGGUUUUGAUGGAGUUGAGAUCCAUGGGGCUAAUGGUUACCUAGUUGACCAGUUUAUGAAAGAUGGAGUGAAUGAUCGAACAGACCAAUAUGGUGGAUUUCUUGAAAAUCGUUGUCGGUUUGCUUUGGAAGUAGUCGAAUCUGUUGCUAAUGAGAUAGGAGCGGACAAAGUUGGAAUAAAGUUAUCUCCUUUUGCAGACUAUAUGGAAUUUGGAGAUUCUAAUCCAAAAGCAUUGGGACUUUACAUGGCGGAGUCUUUAAACAAAUAUGGGAUUCUUUAUUGCCAUAUGGUUGAGCCAAGAAUGAAGUCAGCUGAUGAAAUAGUUGAAUCCCCACAUAGUCUUCUGCCAAUGAGAAAGGCGUUUAGGGGUACUUUCCUUGUUGUUGGGGGUUAUAACAGGGAAGAUGGGAACAACGCUAUCGCUGAAAACCGUGCAGAUCUUGUUGUUUAUGGUCGUCCGUUUUUAGCCAAUCCAGAUUUGCCUAGGAGAUUUGAGCUCAAUGCUCCUCUCAACAAGCACAACGAAGAAACAUUUUACACAUUUGAUCCUGUUAUUGGUUAUACUGAUUAUCCAUUUCUUGAAGACAGUGCAUAGGUUUGCAAAGGAGCCUAGGGGAAUUUAAAUUGUCUAAAUUUACCCCUCUUUUAAAUCCAAUGUAUUUUUAGUGUGUAUUGUCUUGUAUUGUACAAGAGCAAGAAAAACUCUUAAUAACUUCACAGCGCAAGAGUUGCACAUUUGGUGGAGCUGAUAUGCCUGAGUAAUAAUUUGAAAUGCCAUUUGGCUAUUACA